AUGGCUGAACACAACACACAUACCGAAGACGCCACAACAGAAGGUGGCAGCGCUGCCAAGGAACCCGGCGAAACGCGCCCGACCGCCGGCGGUGUCCCUGCUGCUUCCACCGCCACGUCCACCGCCGCACCGCCCGCCAGCAAGGCAUCCACCCUCCUCGGCAACUGCGAUCCCAAGCCUCUCAUGGCUACUCCCUACUCGGACCGCAUUCAGGCCGCCAUCCGCGAAGGUAGCGUCCGUGUCCCUACCGAGGAGCGCGAGAUGCGCGCUCGCGAACUCAUCGUCUUCUCCGACAGCGAGACCGAGUCCAACCUCUCGCGUCCUCCCUCGCCCGACCGCGACCGCUUCCCUAAGCACCGUCUCAGCGGUCUUCAGAGCAAGGACCAGACCAUCGUCAAGCACGGCCUCGACUCGCCCGAUCCAGAGGGUCUUGCCGCCCGUCUAGAGCUCACUCGCGAGAACAGUCCCUACGACGUUCGCGCCCCUCCCAGCUUCGCCCAGAUCGGUGGACAACUCGACGCAUCAGCCAGCAGCACCAACCCGCCUUCGCUGGUUGCGUCAAGACGCCCUUCGGCAGGCAAUGCCGCCGCCAAUGCUGCUGCCGCUGCUUCGCGACCCGUCUCGCCUCCUCCGCGCGCCAUGUCGCCCAGCAAAGCACCCGCCUCGACCAAGGUCAGCCACAACACGCUCUCCGGCACCACCAAUGCUACCUUUGCAUCGUCCUCGCCCAACACCGCCGCGCGUCCUCAGCCGCCCGCCGAGCCUCAUCGCGUUCCCUCUGGCAGCGCUGAGCACAAGGAAAAGCCCAAAGAAAAGGAAUCCAAGGGCAUGUUCCGUCGUAUGCUCUCUGGAGUCACCGACAAGGACAAGCAGCAGUCUCACGCCGACAAUGCCUCCCCUAGCCCUAGCCGCGAACGCCCGUCGCCUCGCCCCUCGGUGAGCCAUCAGGGCAGCGGCUACGUUUCGCCAUUGCGCUCCCCUUCGCUCAGCCGAGGCUCCACGCCUCCCACCAGCCCUCGCAACGAGAUGGACGAGCCUGCUCUGGCCGCUUCCUACCAGGCGAUGAACCUCACCAGCCCGCCCACCAGCCAGCCCGCCAGCCGCAACACUUCCAUCAAGCGCAAGGAUGGCAAGUCGGAUGGCACCCCUGCCAAGGACGGCGGCGCCAGCGAAGGCAGUCGACUCACCGUCGCCGCCUUGCGCGACUGGGAUGCCAAGGGCAAGCCAGACAAGUCGAGCAGCAAAAAGUCGGAUCGCGGCAAGGACGGCGACGCCAAGUCGACCGCCAGCUCGACGUUGCGCGACAUGAUCAUGGGCAGCGCCCCCAAGCUCUCGCGCCGAGGCUCCAACACCAGCCACGGCAACAAGUCGGACGGCGGCAGCAAGAAGGGCAGCACCAAGGGUGGCAGCACCGCAGGCGGUGAGACGGCCAGUCUGCUCAAGAAGUACGGUGUCUGCGAGAAGGCAGCUAUCGGCAAGGGUGCCACCGCCGUGGUGCGACUUGCACACAAGUGGGAUCGCUCCACCGAGAAGCUGUACGCCGUCAAAGAAUUCCGAAAGCGUCGCAAGAACGAGACCGAGAAGGAGUACGUCAAGAAGCUCACGUCGGAAUUCUGCAUCUCGUCGACGCUGCACCACAUCAACAUUGUCGAGACGGUGGAUCUGGUGCAGGACGAGAACCGACACUGGUGCGAGGUCAUGGAGUAUUGUCCCGGUGGUGAUCUGUAUGCGGCCAUCAAGCGCGGUGGCAUGUCGCAGGCCGAAGUCGAGUGCUCGUUCAAGCAGAUCCUCAACGGCAUCUUCUAUCUGCACUCAAUGGGUGUCGCACAUCGCGAUAUCAAGCCCGAGAACCUGCUGCUAGACGGUCACGGUCAUAUCAAGAUCACGGACUUUGGCGUAUCGGACGUCUUCCGCAUGUGCUGGGAAAAAACGACGCACUAUUCGAAAGGCCUUUGCGGUUCCGAACCGUACAUUGCGCCGGAGCAGUUCGAGAAGAAGGAGUACGACGCGCGACUGGUCGACGUCUGGGCGGCGGCGGUGGUGUUCUACUGCAUGCAGUUCCAGGAACUCCCCUGGCGCGUCGCCAAGAUGUCCGACCCAACGUUCAAGGAUUAUGUCCAGUCGUACACGUCCAACCCCGCCCCCUCGCCGCUGAGCAACCUCAGCCCGCGAGAGUGCCGCCCGCUGCUCAAGAAGAUGCUCUGCCCCGACCCCAAGGGCAGAAUCAUGAUGGACGAGGUGUUGAAGGAUCCCUGGUUGAUGAGCGUGCCCAUUUGCGAAGAGGGCAGGCAGAACGAUCAUACCCAUUCGAGCGCUCCUAGGGAGGAGAGGUGA